UAGGGAAAUGAAAAGUCCCUCAACGCAGGAGCCGGCGAGGUGUGAUUCCUCAGGAAAAUAACGUUGGGUUGGGAGGGGCCUCUUACUUGAGAAGCUUUCAAUUUUCCGAUUGGUUGGUACAGGCGAAAGUUUCGUUUCCUGGAGUCAACGAGCAGAGAGAUAGCAGGUUCACGAUUCUCGUAUUUGUUCGCCGAGUGCACGCAGUGAGAUCUCCACUCUCGACAGAAAAUGUCUCUCUGCGCCCUCUCCCUGCUCAUCGCCUCCGUCUCCCUGGGAAGAUCUGACCCUCUGUGUGAGGGGAGCAACUGUCGGCCAACAUUAGGCACACUCGUUCCUGCCACCUCGGUUUUGCCUCCAACUCCUGGGUCACUGAUUCCAGCCAGUACACCCCACCAAACAAGCCACAGUUCAACAUCAACAAAACACACCACCCAUUCCCCAACACCAACCAAUCACACCACCCAUUCCCCAACACCAGCCAAUCACACCACCCAUUCCCCAACACCAGCCAACCACACCACCCAUUCCCCAACACCAGCCAAUCACACCACCCAUUCCCCAACACCAGCCAAUCACACUACCAUUACUCCAACACCGGCCAAUCACACUAUGCCAACACCAGGCAAUCAUACAUCACCAACCAAUCACACCACACCAAUUCCAACCAAUCACACCACCCAUUCAGUCCCAACUCCCACGGCCACUCCAGUGCUGAGAAAGGGGACAUACAAAGUGGCCAACAAGAAAAUGAUCUGUGCCUUGGCAACACUGGAGAUCGAGCUACGUGUUGAGUACGAGACUGGCAGGUGGGGAACAUUUUUCAUCCAACCCAAUUACACCAAAGCGUCGGGAGCCUGUGGGAAAAACACUGUGAACAUGACGCUGACCUUUCCGCAAGGGUUCCUGACUUUUGGCUUUCAAAAGGACACCAAGGGGAAGAGUUAUCACCUUCACCAGAUUAAGACCCAGCUCACCUAUAAAUUCCCGGGUUCUGCCGCAUCCACAAAGUUCGUGGCGAACAACGCAAAACUGAUGGUGAUGGAGACGGCGCUCGGCCACUGCUCACGGUGCUCCAACCUCUCGCUGGAAGCCGCGCGCACCUUCUGGGUUGAUCUUGUGGACCAGGAGGUGCAGGUCUUUGAAGUCCCCAGAACACAGACCUUCGGCCCAGCUGACAUCUGCCCUCAGGACCACAAGCUGCCCGUAGCUGCCAUCGUGGUGGUGGUCUUGCUGUUGCUGCUGAUCAUCAUCAUCAUUAUCAUCUACCUGAUCCGCCGGAAGCACAACUCUGCUGGCUACCAGAGCCUCUGACCGCACCUGGCCUGGACAGUCCCCUGGGCAGGGGUGCCACUGUUAGAGCAACUUCUGUUGGGGUAUGGGGAUGAUGGAAUGGGGGGGGGGGCUUCCCGUGCUAGGACCUGGGACUAUUUCUCCUUCGCAUGUUGAUGUGUCAAGUGAUCAGAAAGCAGAUCAACCAGGUCUGAACUCGGACUGUGUGCGUGUGUGCUUUGGUUUGCUUCAUUUUGCAGGGGGCAUUGUUCAGGAAUGAUCUCUCCUCCCUCCCCAUCCAUUAUCCUGCCCCUCCACCCCAUUCCAACUCUCAGUGCCUGCUAUUUUCAAUAGUGUUUCUUGGGUGGGCGUGGGGUGGGGGGGGUGGAGAUUUAAUGUCUAAAGAAUCUACAAUGAGAGCACUGGCCACUGGCGCUGUUUGUGUUCUGUCUUCUCCUGCCCCAGCCCUCCACUCUGGAGCCCUUUCUCAGCUCAGUGGUAGCGGGGUGGGGAAUUGAGAUUGGAAAGGGUAGUGUUGGGGUGAGAUGGGGUGGUGAAGGGGUAGGAAUAAAAUGGACUAAAAGCAGCACAUCAGGGCUAGCACAAUGGGCUGAGUGACCUGCUGUGCAGCACACCAUCUCUUUUUGACCCACCCUUUAAUUUGCAGACCCCAGGACAUUCUCCCUGGAGAGGAGCGGGGAGGGGCUCCAGGGCUCACAUGGUGCAGAGAGAGGUAGCGAUGGGUGGGGGUGUAGGGAGGGACUAAUGGAAUCGGAGAGGCAUGUCCUAGGAGGGAGGGGCAGGACUGUUGUGCCAGAGGACAGCCAGGGUCAGUCAAACCCAACUCCAACAAUCUUCAAAAUUGUAUUUGUAAUAAAAAUGGUAAACUUCUGCACC